AUGGUAAAAUAUGACCAAAAGAACAAAGCAUUCAAAGACUUUGAGUCUCUCCUUGAAGAGAUAAUGCAGUGUGACGAUGGAUGCUUUGAAGAUGAGGUAUCGCUGGAUGGCUUUGAAGUUGAAAUUUCAGAUCCAUCCAGCGAUUCGUUGAUAAAGGAAAGCUCCAAGGAAGCAACAACAGAUAUAGAAGAAGAGGAUACUACCGAGCAAAGUAGCUUUGUUCCAGGAAAGAUAUAUAGUUUUGUAGAUGGAAAGCUGGGCAUGGUUGACCAAAGUGAGGACUUUCCGGUUGACAAUGAAGAGUCGGAAAUUAAACUUACAUCAGAGCAAAUUAAAAAAUUAACGAUUAUAGACAGAGAGGAGUAUAGCAACACAAAGAACAUUAUAAAACCAGGAAGGGGAAAAAGAAAAACGACUCGAAGAUGUGAAAAUUUUGAUGAGUAG